AUGAAGGAACAAGUGUUCUGCGUGAUUCCUGAAGGCGUCGAACUUGACAGUACGUUCGACUGCCUGGAAUUGGUGAAGGCAAUUUACGGCCUGAAGCAAGCUUUGCGAGUAUGGAACGAGACUUUCACGAGACUUUUGACGAGUGUGUGUUCCAUUGGAUUUCAAGUGUCAGGCUUCGACCCAUGUCUCUACAUCAAGACUUCGGACGGCCAUUGCGUGUUUAUACUGGUCUACGUGGACGACGUCUUGGUGACUGGAAGCUCGCUCGAGCUGAUUGCACAAACCAAGAACGACCUGAAGACGCGGUUCGAAAUGACGGACAGCGGCAAGUAUCGGAGCGAGGAAAGCGGAGCGAACGGAGCGGAGAGACCGAAGAGAGUAGAGCAGAAAACACUUGCCCAAUAG